AUGGAGCAAAAGUCGCAUGAAACACCAAGCCCCUCUGCGUCGUCCGGGUUUCUCCCACUUGGACGGCGCGGGUCGAGGGGCUCCCUCGCUACGACACAAACAGAUCGAGAGAAUAUCAACACAGCCCUCGACCAAAUUCAUAACACAGCUUACCAGUCCGAUUCACUCACGCUGUUCAACGAGUUCACGAGCCCGCCUGCACCGGCACCGGCGUCGGACGAUAAAGGACUAUCGGAGGAGCUGCAGGGGGGUCUCAGCGGACUGUACAGUCGCUUCAGAACAUCGGUUGGGGGAAUGAGGGACAUCGUCAGUGGUGGAGCAAAGAUUACAGACAAGAAUGCUGUGGAUAGCUCUACGGUCAAAACUCCGAGCUCAGAACGGUCCAUGACCAAGUCUAUCUCAGACCUUACGGUUAGCUCGGCAGACAACUUACCGUCAUAUCCAAACUCCUCCCAAGGCUCGAGGCUGCAUUCUCCAGUCGUGCCAAAUUUCCAUCCCAGUCAGGAUCCUACACCACAGUCAACCGCUGGCAAGAUCUCCAAACUCUCUUCAAAGAGCGUCAGCAUCGCUUCCAAGGCCUCCGUCUCUGCUGCUCCGGCAGGAAAAGCCAGUCUUGCCCCUUUGACAAAGUCUACUGGCAACUCUGUUGUAGCAGACCCAUCAAUCACCCCCAUCAACGUGGGCGCCAUUGGUCAACCCCGCCAUUCAAGAAGCAGUUCGGUCAACGUGCCUGCUCAGGCUUUUCAAAAUGCAGAAUCCUCCAGUAUUGGCAGCAGGGAUGCCCCUACGGAUAUGUCUGCUAGUCAAACUUCUUCUGUGCUAAACCCGGGUUUCUCUCAUUCACCAGUGCUGUCCACAAAAACUCACGGAAGCCUAUACGAAGAACCUAACUCAUUAGAAGCCAGCGGUUCUAUCAUACCAGCAAACCACGCGAUGGGUAGCUCGUCGCGAAAGUCGUCAAAUGCAGGUCAAUCAAGGGUCCCAGAUGAUAUGUCUCAGUCCAAUGCAACAAGAACCUCAAAGCCCUCCGAGCUUACCCAGGACUCAAGAAUUCAGAUUCCGGAAAGCGGGUCAAACUCGAGGCUGUCAAUUGGUGGACGUGAAGACUCUACGACACCAAGCGUGCUUUCAAACAGUCUUUCGAAGAUGGCAUCUCAAGCCGGGGGCUCCUAUGCUGUUGACUCAGCGUCCGAUAGCACAGCUGCAACUCCUCGAGACGGAGCUUCUGUCGGCGGACCGGCAAAUUCUUCUAUUCCAACAUCCCCAACAGCUGGGAAAUCACAUCCACAGGCUACGAAGAACCGAUUGCCAGGCUACGUAAUGUCGCGGGCGUCUACAGCUGAAACCACCACUACUGUGUCUUCUUUACCGCCAUUGAACACAGCAGUUCCACGGAUAACAACCCAAGGCCCUGGUCGCAACCGCCCGCAGGCUGCAGGCGAUGGAGUUCUAUCUCAGCUGAGAAGCAGAUUGCUGAGUAGAGACUUCUGGAUGCGUGACGAGAAUGCUAAAGACUGUUUUCAUUGCGGAGAGCCAUUCACUACGUUUCGCAGGAAACACCACUGUCGGACUUGCGGACAGAUCUUCGAUUCGAAGUGCACCCUUCUCGUUCCCGGUACGAGGUUUGGUCAACCUGGGACCAUCCGUGUUUGCAAGCCUUGCGAGCAAAUGAUCAACGCACACGAUGACGAUUCGUCUGAGUAUUCAGAUAGUGAACAGAGCCCUAUCAUCGUGAACCCACGAGUCUCUGACCUGGGCUGGGGCGGCAGCAGUGCUCGGCCCUCUGGAGAGGACGACGAUGCGACUUCCAUAAGGUCUCAAUCUAUCGACCAAGUCCUCAGAACCCCGACGAUGGCUAUUCCAGCCACUCGGCGUGCAGGCGAAGGCCACAAUCGUGGCUCUGCAGUCCUUGAAAUCAAUUCCGACCGACCACUCACUAGACCUACCUCGUCGCGGUCAUUGCGUUCUUCAUUGGGAGUUCGGCCCCAUUCCAUCAGUCACAAGCGACAUCAUUCUCGUCAGCAGUACAUCCGAGGCUUUAAACCCUUCCAUGACGACCGCGCUCCUUUCCAACGUCGUCAUCCAGAGGAUUUGACCGCCGAGUCGCGUCUACCAGCAUUCCACAAGGACAAUAUCAUUGACCCUGAUUUGGCCCAAUACCUGUCAGAUGACGCUUCUAGCGGCGAUGAGCAACCUAGCCUACUCUCUGCAGUGUCUGAAGGUAACCUCUCGAAAAGUGGCGGCGACACUGAAAGAGCAGCGGGCCUCGGUGGAUUCCUUGCUGCCAUGAAGAAGGGCCGAUCUGCAUUCGGUGAUCGAAGUGCGCCUAGCGUCAAUAAUCAAUCAGCCCGAGAUGCAGAUGACGCUAGUAUCACCAGUUCAAGAGCAGUCAAUUUGCCGCGCUCUUCGCGUCGUCGGAAUCUGAGUGUUGCCAGUAGCGUUCACGUGCGCCAUUCGCCACGAACGUCAAAAGAGAGUAUAUUCCUUCAGGACCCGACGUUCCCAGUAGUACCCUUUGUUACUAGCCUGAAACAAUCCGGCUUUAAGAUGACCAGAAGCUCGUCAAUGAGAGGGACUGGGGCACCGCCGGUUGAACUCAACAAGGCUAGUCGGGAACAUGUCCAAAAGCUUUUGCGCCAGCUGUUGGUAGAAGCAUCUUUGCCAAAUAGUGAGAACUGGGAAAAGGCCCUCAUGCCCAUUCUCUUGAAAGCAGCCGACGAGGUCGACCCAGAUGUCCAGCGCGGAGACGACAUGGAUAUCCGGCAUUAUAUCAAGCUGAAAAAAAUUCCUGGUGGCAGGCCUGGUGAUACCUCGUACGUUUCUGGGCUAGUGUUUUCUAAAAACUUGGCUCUCAAGAGCAUGCCGAGAAGUAUCCCGCGCCCCAACAUCCUGAUCAUCACAUUUCCUCUUGAGUAUGCCCGCCAGCAGCAACAAUUCAUGAGCCUGGAGCCUGUCAUCCGACAAGAGCGUGAGUUCCUUGAGAACCUUGUCAGCCGAAUUGCAGCCUUGCAUCCAAAUUUGCUCCUUGUCGAGACAAAUGUAUCUGGCUUAGCACUUGCUCUUCUCGAACAAGCGGGAAUUGCCACGGCAUACAAUGUGAAGCCGUCUGUUCUUGAAGCCGUUUCACGAUGUACUCAAACCAGAAUCGUGACCUCCAUGGACAAACUCUUGACAGCUACCCUUCACAGUGAUUGCAGCAGCUUUGACGUGAAAACUUACGUGCACGGUGGUCGAAGGAAGACCUACAUGUACAUUUCUGGCUGCCCCAAGGAGCUUGGGUGCACAAUCGUUUUACGAGGUGGCGAUGAAGGGAUUCUCGGGAAAGUGAAGCAAAUCACCGAGUUCAUGGUCUAUGUUGUGUACAACCUUCGACUCGAAACUUAUCUGAUGCGAGAUGAGUUUGCCAAAUUGCCCACAACUUCGGAAAAUGUUGCGGUCCAAAUUGUCUGUUCUGAUGAGAAGAAGGCUCAUUCCCAACUGGUAGUUUAUCAGACCAACGCUGGUGCCACAGAGUCCAACUCUGUGAAUGAGAAGCCCGCUGAAGAUUCUGAGCAUCCGUUGCCCAUGUCUACAGAAAUUACCGAAGUGCCCGAUGAUGUACCGAUGCCAACAUAUCACAAUGACAUGGUGCACGAUCAUCAGACGAAGAUCUUAUCCGCCUCGCCUUUCGUCAAAUUCGAGCCCCCUUACCUACUCAUGCGAACCAGAGAGAUGGAACGUCGAUUGGCGUAUCUGAAACGUCUUCGUGAUCAAGUCGAGUAUACAGAGGAGACCUCGGAAGAAAAGACGAAGCCUCAGAAGUUCAUUCUUAUCACUCCGGAGAUGGUCCAUGCAUCUCCACAUGAUGCUCCUCCAAAGGUUAAGGAGGUCUUACGUGCAGCCCAUGACGCAGAAUACGAUCGCGCCCUUUACCAUUAUCAAACUCAGAAACGACAAUGGGAGGCCUACGUGUCUGGAAACUCCAAUAUGUUCGAUCCGUAUGCUCACCAGAACAUCGUUGUUCUUUUCAGCCUGGUGUGCACAACAACAUCGGUGCCCUGUUCUGGACCUGAUAUUUUCGCUCUGGAGUUCUACAAUGAACAUGGUGACGAUACAAUCUUCGAGCCCGACUGCACAAUUGGGCAGUAUGUUGAAGAUCUUUGCCAUACAGCGAACGCCGUCUGCAACGUGAACGGUUGUGAAAAGCGCAUGUCUGAACACCAUCGACAAUAUGUCCAUGGGGAUGCCCAAAUCAGUGUCUUGGUCCAGCCAUAUCCUUCAAAGCUUCGGGGGAUGCAAGAUACGGUGUUGAUGUGGAGCACUUGUAAAAUAUGCGGCAACGAAACUCAGGUCACCUUGAUGUCCGAAAACACAUGGAAAUACUCAUUUGGCAAAUACCUGGAGGUCUCUUUCUGGGGCCGAAAUAUGCAUGCCCGUGCUGGGGUAUGCCCGCAUGACCUCCAGAGAGAUCAUCUCCGCUACUUUGGCUUCAAAGACGUUGCUAUUCGCAUUCAAUAUGACACGAUUCAUCUUCUUGAGAUCGUUGUCCCACGCCCUCGUGUCACCUGGAAAGUGGAUAAUGACUUGAAGCUGAGAAAUUCAAUCUACUCAGACACUAGUGAACGGCUGAACAAAUUCAUGAAAUCUAUUCAUGUGCGAUUGAAGGGCAUCAAUGUUGAAAGCGUUUUACCAGAACUCCUGGACGAAUGUAAGAAGCAAAUUGAGUCCUUGAUCAAGAAAGCCCAGGAGGAUCAUGCAGCUUUGAACAAGCGUUUGCAGGACAGGUAUACCAGUUCGCGUUACUGGGAGGUCAUUCCCUUGAAUGAGGUCCUACGCGCAAUUCAGGAGAAGGUAGUGGAAUGGGACACUAUCUUUGCCGACUUUGAGAAGAAUUUCUUCCCGUCAGAGAAGGAUAUCAAAAUACUGGCAACCUUGCAGCUCAAAAAGAUCUUCUUGGACAAGGAUGCAACAUCGAUGACUACUGAGGAUGGACUUCAAACUCCGACUGGCAUGGAGGAUGACACAACCCCUACCGAUGAGAAGCCAAGGAUGAUGCGACGGAUGACACUUUCUCCCGAAAAGGCCCAGAAUGUGCUAGUAUCAGUUGUUGAGGAGCAUACUGGCAGGACGCAGCGAGAUGCACCGCCCGAGAGUACUGAGCUGACUCCGAUGCCUACCCCAACCAACGAAUCCGCGCUUUCGGUUGAUGCCGUCGAUGGCAGAAAGUCUUCUCCACAAGACGAAGCCGUUUUGCAAGAAGAGGUCCGGCAUCUCGAUUUGGCGGUUCCUGCGGGUCAGUCUGAACGAUCGCCGCCAGACUCAAGCACACCUCUCGACAAACCUCUAUCCAAAGUGGAUGGUUCAACAGCUCUUGCGGAACAUGAGCCACCUCAUAGUAUCAGGGAUGUCUCGACUCCAUCUCCCCCAGAUGCCUGCGAACCUGUUCCCGGAACAAAAGGCAAAGCGAAUGAGGAGAAUCCUGCUACCCCCAUUUCAAGUACGCCUCCAAAUCGGCCGUCUGCCAUUCCAAGGCUUGCUGAGGUGGCUUUCAGACGAUCUGGAAAGACCCGUUCUCCUCCGUUGAUUCGUGCUCAAUCCCAACCUGCCCAUCUUGUUAGGGAGAAAUCUUUUGGAUUGAAACUGAGUCACACAAACUCAAAUGAAUCUGGAACGUCCCGGGGAGAUUCGACUAAAUCAUCGGAAAAGAAGUUUACCGAACGCCUUGGGUUGACAGCCCUAAAGAACGGGCGGUUCGCUCCGGGACAUUCUCUGAUACCUCGUUCAACUCCGAAACGAGGUACCACUCGCGUAUCAAACCUCGCCAGGCACUUUGAACAAUUGAGUCGUGAGUUUGAAAAGGAACGACAACGCGAAAGGCGACAGCGGGCUGCAAGGAAUACAUAUUCGCGCGCAUUCCCCCUUGCAUCUUCAAAGCCGAUCGUUGAGGUUUACCGUAAUGUGAAAGAGGCUGUUGAAGAACGAGAACCACAUGUGGAUGGGGAUGACUCUCUGCCGGCGGCUCGACGACGUCCUUCAGAGGACGCGGGCCGAAAGAGCGACGACUCCAUGAACCACAGGGAGCCCGAGGAACCUGUUCCAAAAUCUCCAGUGCAGGUGACUCCUUCAGAAUCGUUCGGACCUGGCGACCUUGUCCGUUCCGAUUCUCAGCUCAUGUCCGACGCCGAGGGAGAUGAUGGACGCAGUGACGAAGAGCGCAAUACUGCCGAAGAUCUUCAUCAUGUGGACUCUCAAGACGAUGCUAAAACAUUACCGGAUGAUGAUUCUAUCGAUUUCAAAGAUCUUCCAAAGCACGAACGAACGACUCUGCUGAAGAUGCUGACCAACUUCUGGUCUGAACGAUCUGCAAGCGGAUGGACUGCCCUUGAUUAUCCUCUCAGCGCAGGUGACCACGUCUUUUCCGACUGCGACAUUAUUGUGCGUGAGGACGAGCCGAGUUCUCUAAUCGCGUUCGCGUUAGACUCGUCUGACUACAAGGACAAAUUGGCCAGCAUUCAAGAAAGAUACGAUAGGGAGGAUCAACCACCAGAGUUUGAGCAGGAUACAGUGGCCGCAAAUGAAGCUCGGUUAGAGCAUGCUCUCUUGCGGCAGACUGGGACCCAUCUCAAAUAUCAGUUCCAGGAAGGUCAAGCAAAGAUGCUUUGCAAAGUGUUCUAUGCCGAGCAGUUUGAAGCACUUCGCAAAAAGUGCGGUGUCGCCGAUCGCAUUGUGGAGUCACUGUCCCGUUGCUUGAAGUGGGACUCCAAGGGCGGCAAAACCAAGUCCAUCUUCCUCAAGACACUAGAUGACCGAUUUGUUCUCAAAUCACUGGCACCCGUCGAGACCCAGGCCUUCCUCAAAUUCGCACCAGCAUACUUCCAGAUAAUGUCCGAAGCGCUAUUCCACGACUUGCCGUCAGCCAUCGCCAAAAUGUUUGGCUUCUACCAAAUCAUCAUCAAGAACCCGGUGACUGGAAUUGAACAGAACUGGUUCCUGCUUCUGAUGGAGAAUCUGUUCUAUGAUCGCGCGCCUAACCGUCUCUUCGAUCUGAAGGGAUCGAUGCGUAACCGCAAGGUAGAGAGCACAGGCGAGCAGGACGAGGUUUUGCUGGAUGAGAACAUGGUUGAUUUUAUCUAUGAGACACCUUUGUUUGCGCGGGAACAUUCCAAGAAGCUUCUGAGCCAGAGCGUGUGGAACGACACCCUAUUCCUCGGCCGUCAAAACGUCAUGGACUACUCGUUGAUGAUAGCGAUUGACGAAAAGCGCAGCGAGUUGGUGGUCGGAAUCAUUGAUUGUAUCCGCACAUACACUUGGGACAAGAAACUGGAGUCUUGGAUCAAGGACCGAGGCUUUGCUGGCGGUGGUCGCAAUCGUCCAACGGUGACGAGUCCGAGGGAGUACAAGAGUCGUUUCCGAGAGGCGAUGGCAAGAUAUGUCCUGCAAGCCCCAAGCUGCUGGCACCAAUUUCAACCAAGUGCCAUGUACCGAUAUCCACAGGGCGAGCACCAUAUUACCAAUGCGACGGAUCUGGACGUCAUCGAUGGGCCCGAAGCUGGUGCUUUUCAAUGAUGAACGCAAUGAUGCACAGAUGAAAUUAGAUUACUAUCCUUAAUGACUGAUGACUACACGACAAUACUUAUGCCCAAGAACUGCACCCUCGAGAUUUACUGAGGCAUCGCACAUAUGCAUUGAAUUUUGUUUUAGCGCGUGUGGCUGCAGGCAUGAAUGGAGGGAGUUUCGGACACUCGAACAGGUGCAUUCCUUAACUGGUGUUUCUUUUGUUUAUUAUUCCAAAUACUGUGACAUAGCCGUGGUUGUAUCAUGGAC